GCUGGUGUGGAGCUGAGUGCCCAGGUGGAGGCCCUGCACGCCGAGAAGGAGGUGCUGAGGAGGUCGGUGAGCGAGAAGGAGUGCGAGCUGCUCUCCACGCGCGGCCUCGUGGAGGAGAAGGAGCUGCAGCGGAGCCAGGAGGCGGACAAAGCCUCGCGGGAGAUCCGCGAGCUGCAGGGCAGGCUCCUGGAGAAGAGCAACCAGGAGCAGAGCCUGCAGCAGAAGCUGCUGGAUGAGCAGUUCAGCAUCCUGCAGGAGACUGUGCGGGAGGCAGAGGACAUCCUCCGAGACGCGCUGGCCAAGCUGGACGACCCGCUGCACGUCCGCUGCACCAGCUCCCCAGAUUACCUGCUGAGCCGGGCGCAGGCGGCGCUGGAGUCCACGGACGCCCUGGAGAAUGGGCACGCGCAGUACGUGGCCUCCAUGGCAGAUGCUGCGGGGCUGGUGGGGGCUCUGGCCCUCUUUGCCCAUCUGAUGGCUGACACCAUCGUCAACGGCAGCGCCACGUCCCACCUGGCUCCCACCGACCACGCCGACCGGCUGACGGAGACGUGCCGGGACUGCGGGCAGCGGAGCCUGGACUACCUGGGCGAGCUGAAGGACAAGCAGACGCUGGGGCACGCAGAGCUGGGGGAUGUGAGGCAGGCGCUUCGGGGGGUCCUGCAGCUGGCCCAGGAGCUGAGGCCCAAGAGCUUAGACAUCAGGCAAGAAGAGCUGGGGGACAUGGUUGAGAAGGAGAUGGCCUCCACCUCAGAGGCGAUUGAGGAUGCUGUUAGGCGGAUAGAGGAGAUGAUGAGCCAGGCCAGAAAUGAGAGCUCUGGUGUUAAGCUUGAAGUGAACGAGCGGAUUCUGAACUCCUGCACGGACCUAAUGAAGGCUAUUAGACUUCUUGUACUGACAUCUACAAACCUCCAGAAGGAGAUAGUGGAAAGUGGCCGGGGGGCAGCAACGACUCAGGAGUUUUAUGCCAAGAACUCCCGCUGGACCGAAGGGCUGAUCUCUGCCUCCAAGGCGGUGGGCUGGGGAGCCACACAGCUCGUGGAGUCAGCAGACAGAGUUGUCCUGCACACGGGCAAGUAUGAAGAACUGAUCGUCUGCUCCCAUGAAAUCGCCGCCAGCACGGCCCAGCUCGUGGCUGCCUCCAAGGUGAAAGCUGAGAAGAGCAGCAGGAACCUCGCCCGGCUCCAGGAGUGUUCACGCAACGUCAACGAGAUGGCAGCCAACGUGGUGGCGUCCACCAAGUCAGGCCAAGAGCAGAUCGAGGAGAAAGACACCAUGGACUUUUCAGGCAUGUCCCUCAUCAAGCUGAAGAAGGAAGAGAUGGAAACACAGGUGAAGGUGCUGGAGCUGGAGAAGCGUCUGGAGGGCGAGCGGGUGCGCCUGGGCGAGCUGAGGAAGCAGCACUACGCCCUGGCCGGGGGCUAUGACGACACC